AUGACCGUGCCAUCGGCAUCGUCGUGGUUGGCUGGCCGAAUCGGUGUGGUCUCCGGCGCGCCGCGAGCGAGCCGUGGCCGCGGGCGGCGAUGCGGCGACAUCGGCAUCCUGGUCAGGCAGCGCGACAACUCCGUCUCCAGAGUGACGAGGGUUACAGGCAAGACGCAUGCGGUGGCCGGAGAGUCGCUGAAGCUGGUGGUUACGGUGGCGGCAAGCACUAUAUGGGGAUCGUGGCUGGCGCGAGCAGCUACAUCUGUGGUUCUGGGCGGCUUGAGGCGUGAUGAGCGGCCUCGGUGCCUACGCGAGUGGCGGGUGGCCUCAGCGGCGCACUCGUGGACUCUGCGGCGUGACGACCUCGUGUGCCAUCGCUGUUGGGCAACAUGGCAUUUGGUUGCUUCGGGCGGCGUCAUGGUGAGCGGGGGCAACCCCGGCACUGCCGCAGGCGUAACACGCAGAGGCGGAUCCACCGAGCACCUCUGGACUCCACCUGCUUCCAGCACAUAACUUUUUGGACCUGGCUCCAA